GGGUACUGUGUUUUCGCUUAUUCGUCGUUUCAGUCUCGCGGUGUUCGCCACUAGAUAAACAGAAGGUCAGAUUGAUUGGAAAUUUGAUACAUUUUCCGUUAAUUUGAUUCGAGCUUUCACGAUAAAAUAAUAAUCUGUGCGUGUUGGACAUACCCAAAAAAGUGAGAAAGAAAACUGUCGUUCAGUGAAACGGAAACUCGAAUUACUCAGACUUGUUUCGCAGUGUUGUGAAGCGUUUCACAAAAAGAGGCUGCCAAAUGUUGGAGGAAAGCAUUUGUUUAUAAAUAGAUCGGAAAAACCUGACGAAUCCUUUGGAGUAAAACUGUUUGGUUUUCGCGAAAUUGGCUGUGCUGUUAGUGUCCAAUCUGUCGCGAGUGUCAAUUCUGUGCAAACGUGUUAAGGCUGUGAAAAUCUGAGUUAGUAUCACUUUCAUCAUAUGGAUGUAUAGAGGAAGUGUUGAUAAGGCAUCCAAGCUUCAUGUGCUAAUUGAAUUGUCACUUUUAUUCUUGCGGGGUGUGUGAAUCAGAAGAGUAAUCAAAAAUUGCAGUACUGUACAGUCGUGCAAAGGCCAGUGCACAACAACGAUAAUAUAUUAACGCGUGAGGAAGGUCAUUUCGCGCUGCGUUUCUUCGUUCGGUCGUCGUAGCCGCCGCCGUCGCGUUGUGAAAUACGAGUUUGUCGUCCAAAAAGUAGUGAACCUUCACGUUACCAUAUUGGGAAGCAAAAUAAUCACCCCCUCGAAAUGUCGUUUCACAACGAGAAUUACAAUUACCCGCGAAACUGGAAUGCAAAUGGUUUCGGUUGGGUGAAUCCUGCGGCCCUAAGUCAGCCCCAGGUUCCGUAUCCCCAGAUGCCAACACCGGGUUCUUCCGGGUACUCUAGUUUGAAUCCUUCCAUAUCUGGCCAAGCUCUGUCCUAUGGCUUUGUACAACCAAGUCCGGGUGGUUAUCCACCCGCUCCUGCUCCCAGCUUGCCAUAUCCCACCAUGGGCUUCUCCGGAGGUUACGGACGAAUGCCAAUGCCGAAUGCUGGCUAUGAUGCACCACAAAUGCCUCCAAUGCCUAUACCAAUGCCGGGAGCUUCGAACGGAUCCAGUUCUACAGAGGACGCUGCACAAUCACAGGAAAUCCUCUUCCAAGCCGUUUCUAUUCCGAUCGCAGAGGGGAUGUUUUCCAGUCUUGGCGAAAAGGGCAGCGGCUUCCGAACCCGUACAGACGUCCAGGACUACUAUGUUCUACGCAGCCAGUGUCUCGAAAAUGGAUCCCUCUUCGAGGAUCCGGAAUUCCUAGCGACAUCCUCCUCGCUGAUGUACUCUCGCCGUCCAGAUCGACACUAUGAGUGGCUCCGUCCGCACGAGAUCAGCGACAGUCCGGAGUUCUUCGUGGAAGGUUUCUCCCGCUUCGAUGUGCAGCAAGGUGAACUGGGCGAUUGCUGGCUGUUGGCUGCCUGUGCCAAUCUGGCUCAGGAUCAGAAACUGUUCCUGCGAGUAGUACCGGAGGAUAACAGCUUCGAAGAAGAUUACGCUGGUAUCUUUCAUUUCCGCUUCUGGCAGUACGGACGAUGGGUCGAUGUGGUAAUCGAUGACCGAUUGCCGACUUACCGUGGCGAGCUGAUCUAUAUGAGAUCGUGGGAGAAGAAUGAAUUCUGGAGUGCCUUGCUGGAGAAAGCGUAUGCGAAGCUGCACGGGUCGUAUGAAGCAUUGAAGGGUGGCACCACCUGUGAAGCAAUGGAGGACUUCACUGGAGGUGUUACAGAAAUGUAUGAUCUGAAGGAUCAGACGCCACCGAAUCUCUUCCAGAUUAUGGAGAAGGGAUUCAAUCGCAACUCGAUGUUUGCCUGUAGUAUUGAGCCUGAUCCUAACGUAACGGAAGCCGAAACUCCAGAAGGCUUGAUUCGAGGUCAUGCCUAUUCUAUAACCAAGAUCCAGCUGGUUGAUAUUGUAACUCCAUCUACCUCUGGUAAAAUCCCGCUUAUCCGUCUCCGUAACCCGUGGGGAAAUGAAGCCGAAUGGAACGGCGCUUGGAGUGAUCAAUCUCCGGAAUGGCGGUUCAUUCCGGACGAACAAAAGGAAGAGCUUGGCCUUAGUUUCGAUGUAGAUGGAGAAUUUUGGAUGUCGUACCGAGAUUUUAUUCGAUACUACGACCGUAUUGAGAUCUGUAAUUUGAGUCCCGAUUCGCUUAGCGAGGAACAAGCAAACCGGGGUAAACGGCGGUGGGAAAUGUCCACGUUUGAAGGCGAAUGGGCCAUGGGAAGUACUGCUGGAGGAUGUCGUAACUACUUGCAAACCUUCUGGCACAAUCCCCAGUAUGUCGUUCAUCUGGAAGACCCGGAUGAGGAUGAUGAUGAAGGCAAGUGUACAGUUAUUAUCGCCUUGAUGCAAAAGAAUCGACGGUCACGACGAAACAUGGGCGUGGAUUGUCUAACGAUUGGUUUCGCGGUGUACCGUGUUACCGAGCGGGAUUUGGCCCAAAAACCGCUGAAAAUGAAUUUCUUUAAGUACAACGCGUCAGUGGCACGUUCGCCGGCCUUUAUCAAUUUGCGUGAGGUCAGCUGUCGCUUUAAGCUGCCACCGGGGUAUUAUCUGAUUGUGCCGUCAACCUUCGAGCCUAACGAGGAGGGAGAAUUUUUGAUUCGUGUGUUCUCUGAAAACAAAAACUCAAUGGAGGAAAACGACGAAGAGGUCGGCGUUGGCGACAUCGACGAUAGGGCCAACCACGGUCGUGAUGCUUAUGGAUACAUCGCACCAGAAGUUCCGGUCCCGUCGCAACCGUCUCCCCAGCGCCAGGCCAUGGAACGUCUCUUCCUGGAGGUGGCCGGUGCUGACGGGGAGGUCGACUGGAUGGAACUGAAGCGCAUCCUGGACCACUCAUUCCGUGAUGAUCUGCCCAAAUCUUCGUCGGUGAACGGACUAAACAAAACGCACGCCAGCCAACAGAAUGCGGCCAACUACGACGGGGGCGGUCAAGACGCGGGUGGUGGCCUUCUGGCCCAGCUAUGUGGACUCCUGUGCAAGGAUACACCCCUAGCGGAAGCGUUCGGGGCAACGAACGGGCCGGCCGAUACCAACGGAAACAUUCAGAGUGAAAUUAUUCCCAUCCAACACGUGGAUCAAGUCGGAACUGGUUUCUCUAAGGACGUCUGCCGUUCGAUGGUUGCCAUGCUGGACGUGGAUCAGUCCGGAAAGCUUGGUUUCGAGGAAUUCCAAAUGUUGCUGACGGACAUCGCCAACUGGAAGGCGGUGUUCAAACUAUACGACGAGGGCCGAACCGGGCGGUUAGGUUCGUUCGAACUCCGGCAAGCCCUCAACUCGGCCGGCUAUCAUCUGAACAAUCGAAUCCUCAACGGACUGGUGCAUCGGUACGGAUCCCGGGACGGCUCGAUAGCGUUCGAUGAUUUCAUCAUGUGUGCCGUGAAAAUUAAAACCAUGAUCGAAACCUUCAAAGAACGAGACACCGAAGGCACCAACAUGGCCACGUUCAGUAUGGACGAAUGGGUCGAGAAAACGUUAUACUCGUAACGUGUUGAAGCGCCGCCAACAAUGUUCCAUCCUUUUUUCAUGUUGUUGUAAUAAAAUGUAUGAAAAUUGAGCUGACUCCAUGCUGAACGAAAAAUCACAAAUACAGAAUCAUUUCCUUCCCUCCGCCUGUUACAGAAAAAACCCUUGAUAAUGUGAACAAACCGUCUAAUUUUCUCGAUGUUGAUUUGUAUUAUUAUUUCAUUUUUACCAGUUGCUAUAAGCGUCAGUGUAUUUUUAAAUGUUAUUUAAUCUCUGCUAGUGUAAAUAAGUUUUAUCCCGCAACUGUCUCGGAUUAGUUAUAAAACUUUAUAAAUUAAUAUACGCUAUUGACUCUUAUGAAUUACAUGUUCAAAAACGUUGAAGUGCUUUGAAUGAAAAAAAUCCGCUAAUCGCGGUAACCAGAUGUACUACAAACUCGUGAAUAGGUGCGAGACACUCUAAAUUGUAUUUUUGAUCGAUAGAUAAUAAAUUCGUGUUCGUGUCGGAAAA